CCAUACUUAGAGCUCUCAAAGCUAAUAGCUCAAAAGGGUCACAAAAUUUCCUUCAUUUCAACUCCAAGAAACAUCGAUCGUCUACCAAAACUUCCACCAAAUCUUGUCCCUUUCUUAAAUUUCGUCAAACUUCCUAUGCCACACGUCGAAAAGUUACCUGAAAAUGCAGAAGCAACUAUUGAUGUCCCUCAUGAACAAGUCAAGUACCUCAAAAUAGCUCAAGAUGGACUUGAAAAAUCCAUGACUAAGUUUCUUGAAGAUUCAACGCCUGAUUUUAUACUCUUCGAUUUCACUUCUUACUGGAUUCCUUCAGUUGCUAAAAAAUUCAACAUUCCAACGGCUUAUUUCAGCAUAUUCAUCGCCGCGUUUCUGGGUUUUGCCGGACCGGUACCUGGAUUAAACAACGACUAUGAAAUUCGAAAGACGCCAGAAGAGUAUACAGUUUCCCCGAAAUGGGUGCCGUUUGAGACUACUGUUGCGUGGAAGCUGUUCGAAGUUUCAAGAAUCUUCGACGCUUCCAUGAACGGAGAUGAAGAGAACGUUUCUGAUAUUUUUCGUUUGUAUAAAACUCUUGAAAAUUGUGAUCUUUUGCUUGUGAGGAGUUGUUCAGAAUUUGAACCAGAAUGGUUGAAGGUAGUAGAGAAUAUUCACAGGAAACCGGUUUUACCGGUGGGGCAACUGCCGACAACGUCGUAUGAAGACGACAGCACGAAGAUCGAUGUGUGGAGAGAGAUGAAAUCAUGGCUUGAUAAGCAAGAAAAAGGGAAAGUGAUUUACGUUGCCUUCGGUAGUGAAGCAAAACCGAGUCAAAAUGAACUCACUGAGAUUUCACUCGGACUAGAGCUUUCUGGAUUACCAUUUUUCUGGGUUUUGAGAACUAAAAGAGGGGAAUCUGAUGAUGAAUUGAUUCAAUUACCAGAAGGGUUCGAAGAACGAACAAAGGGGAGAGGAAUUGUGUGGACGAGCUGGGCGCCACAACUCAAGAUACUGAGUCAUAACUCAGUGGGUGGAUUUUUGAGUCACUCGGGUUGGAGUUCAGUAGUGGAAGCAAUUCAGUUUGAGAAGCCAUUGGUUCUCUUAACAUUUUUGGCUGAUCAGGGGAUAAAUGCUAGGUUAUUGGAGGAGAAGAAGAUGGCGUAUUCGGUACCGAGAGAUGAUCGAGACGGGUCCUUCACUCGUGACUCAAUGGCUGAGUCAUUGAAUUUGGUACUCGUCAAAGAACAGGGUGAGAUUUACAGGAAGAAGGUUACAGAGAUGAAACAUCUUUUUUGUGACAAGAAAAGACAAGAUAAUUAUGUGGAGAAUAUAUUAAGUUAUCUUCAAAAUUAUAAAAAAGACUACUCAACUCGCAAAUAUUUCGAUUAUAAGCACUUACACAGAUUAAGUGCAAAGUGCAAAGAAACAACGAUUCAUUUCACUGCAUUACACACCAUGGCUGACACUAAAAAGCUUCAUGUUGUACUAUUCCCAUGGUUAGCUUUUGGUCACUUAAUUCCAUUUUUUGAACUUGCCAAGCAAAUUGCAAGAAAGGGUCACAAAGUUUCCUAUAUUUCAACUUCUAAAAACAUUGAUCGACUCCCAAAACUUACUCAAAAGUUAAUUUACUCCAUAGAUUUCGUUAAUCUUUCACUACCUUUAACCAACGGUCUACCAGAGUGUGCAGAGGCCACUAAAGAUGUACCACUUGAGAAGGUUCAGUACCUCAAGAAAGCCUUUGAUGGGCUCGAACCGGAGUUGACUCGGUUCCUCGAAGACUCGACCCCUGAUUGGAUCAUUUACGAUUUUACCCCUUACUGGCUGCCCCCCAUAGCGGGUAGACUUGGAAUUUCACGUGCCUUCUUUAGUACGUUUAAUGCAUGGUCUGGUGUGUUUUUUGGUCCGACGAAUGACAUAAUGGAUGGUAAUCUUGAAAGGAUCAGGCCUGAGGAUUUCACCGUUCCUCCAAAGUGGAUCCCUUUUCCAUCUAAUAUUACAUAUCGGCUAUAUGAAAUAAACAGGUUUUUUGCCCAUGGACAAGAAAAUGUUUCCGGUGUUUCCGAUUGGCUUCGAUUCGGGGCAUCAGUUUCCGGUUGUGAUGUGUUUCUAAUUCGGAGUUGCACUGAGUUCGAGAAAGAAUGGUUAGAUCUCCUUCCCAAGCUGCAUCAGAAACCUAUCGUGUCAGUUGGCCUAUUGGCACCUUCGUUACAAGAUGACGAAGGUGACAAAGACGAUGAAUGGGGUUUUAUCAAUAAUUGGUUAGCCAUGCAACAUGAAAAAUCAGUUGUUUACGUAGCGCUAGGAACCGAGGCAACUCUGAGUCAAGAUGAACUCACUGAGUUGGCUCAUGGUUUGGAGCUAUCCGGUUCGCCCUUUUUUUGGGCUCUGAGAAAACAACACGAUUUUUUAUCGUUAAAGUUACCAGAAGGUUUUGAGGAGCGUACCAAAAAUCGAGGAAUAGUAUGGACGAGCUGGGCCCCACAACUCAUGAUAUUGGAACAUGACUCGAUCAGUGUGUUCUUGACUCAUUGUGGUUGGGGUUCUGUUAUAGAAGGACUUCAAUUUGGUAAACCCCUCGUUAUGUUACCUUUUCUGGGAGAUCAAGCACUAAAUGCUAGAGGUUUAGAAGAAAAAAAUGUGGGCUUUGAAAUUCGAAGAAAUGAAAAUGAUGGAACUUUGACUCGGAACUCAGUGGCUGAGUCACUCAAUUUGGUGAUGAAUGAUGAGAAGGGAAAAAUUUAUUGGGAGAAAGCAAAUGAAAUGAGAAAAAUAUUUGGAAAUAGAGAUUUAAGUUAUAAAUACAUAGAUGAUUUUGUUGAAUAUCUUCUUAAGAAAAGAACUAUGCCUAAGGAUUAA